GUUUUACCUCCAGAUGUUUUAACACGGGUUAGCGAAUAUGUGCCAGAAAUUGUGGAUUUUGUGAAAAAGAUUGUGGAUAAUGGUUAUGGGUAUGUGUCCAAUGGAUCUGUAUACUUUGAUACAGUGAAGUUUGAUUCCAGUGAAAAACACUCCUAUGCUAAGUUGGUUCCUGAAGCUGUAGGUGACCAAAAAGCUCUUCAAGAGGGUGAAGGUGACCUGAGCAUCUCAGCUGAUCGCUUAAGUGAGAAGCAUUCUCCGAAUGAUUUUGCUCUGUGGAAAUCCUCCAAGCCAGGAGAGCCCUCAUGGGACUCUCCAUGGGGAAAGGGUCGUCCAGGUUGGCACAUCGAAUGUUCCGCAAUGGCUGGAUCCAUUCUAGGAGAGUCGAUGGAUAUUCAUGGAGGAGGGUUUGAUCUCCGAUUUCCCCACCACGACAAUGAACUAGCACAGUCAGAGGCAUACUUUGAAAACGAUCACUGGGUUCGGUAUUUUCUGCAUACUGGCCACCUAACAAUUGCUGGCUGUAAAAUGUCCAAAUCUUUAAAGAAUUUCAUUACCAUAAAAGAUGCACUGAAGAAACAUACAGCACGACAGUUACGGUUGGCUUUCCUCAUGCACUCUUGGAAGGAUACACUGGAUUAUUCAAAUAAUACCAUGGAGUCAGCUAUUCAGUAUGAAAAGUUUAUGAAU